GUUUGUCUCCUGCUCUGCAAACCUGCUCCUCUGCAGACGCGGGGCUGCAAGUCCGGACACUUGCUGCGCUUCUCUUAAUGAUCACGAGGGACCGCAGGAGCAGGAGAAGUAAGGAGAAGGGGAAUCAGUGGGACGCAUAUGGCUGGAUGACAUGAUGUUACUGCCCUUUUCCCCUCCCCCCUACACCUCUCUCUUCCCUGUUUUCCUUCUACUCCUCCUUUUCCUUCCUCCAUCCCUUGUCUCCUCUUCCCUUUCCCACACGCCGUUGAGCUGGACUUCGCCUCAUGACCCCUGCUACCAACUAGACGGCCGCCCACGACACUGUCUGUCGGAGUUCAUCAACGCCGCCUAUGGCAUCCCCGUGAAUGCUAGCCACUCGCUACAAGGGCCUGAUUAUGACAGCAACAUCACCACCUUGACGGACCUCCACAACCCCCACAACCUCACCUGCUGGAUGGCCCACAGAGGUCCUGACACCGGAGAAUGGGUCCUCACGCUACCUCUGGGCCGCCGCUUUGAGAUCACCUACAUAAGUUUGCAGUUCUGCCAGCAGGGGGAGCCAUCAGACCCCAUCUCUAUCUCCAUCCUCAAGUCGAUGGACUAUGGGCGGACCUGGAGACCAAUGCAGCACUACUCCAGUGACUGCCUUGGGAACUUCGGGCUGCCCUCCCAGACGGUGGCCCAGACAAGGCACCAAGAAACAGAGCCGCUCUGCUCAGACCCUCGCCCACUGCAAAAGCAAAGGGGCGGCAUGGUAUUGGCCUUCUCCACCUUGGACGGACGGCCAUCCUCUCCUGAUUUUGACCACAGCCACACCCUCCAGGACUGGGUGACGGCCACGGACAUCCGUGUGGUCUUCCACCAGGUGUCCAAAGACGCCAAGGUGGGCAACAUGGAUACGAAAGAAGAAGCACGAUGGCGUGAUGGUGCAGAAGAUGACAGAGGGACUGGGCUUCUGAGGUGGAGAUCGGGCCACAAGGGGCGCACUGGAGAUCAGGUCGCCAAGUUAAACACAGAUAAUACACUGGCAUUUUUUGAAAGGGAGACAAAAAACUCAGAGAUAAGGGGGGGGAACAAAGGGGAGAAAGUGGACAAACAUGGAAGGAAGGGUCAUUAUAAAGGGUCCAGUCAGGACGAAGAUGGACACAAUGUGACCAGCAAAGAAGGGGGCGAUAGUUUUAGUUCGGACACAUUUGCUUCAUCAAAGAAAGGCGGGAAAGGCAGAGGGCGAGGCCGCAAGAAGGAACACAAUCAUUGGCUGCCUUGCCCAAAUGGAGACUGCAAUUGGACAGUUGAGGGGCAGAGCAGGAGCAACAAGGGGCGGGAACUGAGGAAGAGGAGGAACAAUAUGCUCAACACAAAGCAAAGCUCCAGGAAUCUGCAGGUGGCCCCACCCUCUGCUUUUACCUCUGCUGUCCGAGCUCCUCUAGCCCUCUCUGACCUGCAAGUUGGCGGCCGGUGUAAAUGUAACGGACAUGCUUCCAGGUGUCGGCGUGACGACACAGGCCGAGCGAUGUGCGUGUGCAAGCAUCACACAGCAGGGCCAGACUGUGACAUGUGCGAGGAUUUCUACUGCGACAGACCAUGGCAUCGAGCUACACCCACACACCCAAACCCCUGUGUUGCCUGUGAGUGUAACGGCCAUUCAAACAAGUGCCGCUUCAGCAUGGAGGUGUUCCAGCAGUCGGGCCGGCGUAGCGGAGGUGUGUGUCAGAAGUGUCGCCACCACACGGCCGGGCGCCACUGCCAGUACUGCCAGAAUGGAUACACUCGCGACCACAGCAAGCCGUUGAACCACCGCAAGGCCUGCCAAUCGUGUCAGUGCCAUCCUUUGGGAGCAGUGGGUAGCUGGUGUAACCAGACAUCAGGUCAGUGUCUGUGUCGAGAAGGGGUAACCGGCCUCAGGUGUAACCGCUGUGCCCCGGGAUACAAACAGGGCAAGUCCCCCCUGCGGCCCUGCAUACGAAUUCAAGAGGUCGCUCCGACCCCAGUGUACCAACCUCAAUACAGCAUAGCGGAGGAGUGUGUUUCAUACUGCCAGCCCUCUCAGGUUAAAGUCAGGAUGAACUUGGAGACCUAUUGUCUCAAGGACUACGUGCUGAAGGUGCAGGUGAGAGGAAUGGAGCGUUCAGGUCCCUGGUGGCAGUUCUCCAUCUCAGUCCAAACCGUCUUCCGCACAGGGUCCACCUCCCGCGUUCGUAGGGGCCCCCACUCCCUCUGGGUCCCUGACCGCGAUCUUGGCUGCGGCUGCCCCGCCCUGCAUGUGGGCCGGACCUUCCUCCUGAUUGGUGCAGAGGAAGGGCAGCGGGGCUGGGGGCCUGAGGAGAGUCGCCUGGUGGCAGACCGCUCCACCCUGGCCCUCCAGUGGCGGGAACACUGGAGCCCCAAACUGAGGGGCUUCCGGGGGCAGGACAAGAGGGGCCGCUGCCCGCCAAAAUCCCCCAACAACCACCAGCACCACCAUCACAGGGAACAAACAAAGCCCCAGUCUGGGUACAUCCCCCCUCACCUGCUGACUGAGAAAGACACGGAGCCUCGCAGUGUGAACACACACUCUGUGAACGUGGCUGACACUCAGACCUCAGUGGUGCUGCACACACACUCUCACACAGACGCUGAGGUCAAAUCCACAAAGGCAACCUCCUCGCCAACUCUACCCUUUCUGGUGUGCUCUACUCAAGGUCCUGGAUGAAAAACAAAAACCACAAGGAGAUAACAGGAGUUUUUAUAAUCCACUUUCUGGAUAUUCUGCAAAAAGAGAAAAACUACAAGAAAAGUGCUCUUUUUUUACAGUUUCUCCUGAAGGUUUCAGGAGAAACAGGCCUGACUUUGCUUCAGUGAAACUCCACAACACACAUAAACACUAACACCUGUUAUGUGAUGUUCAAACGCUUAUCUAAAAAUGUGAAGAAACACACAUUUCUUGUUUUAUCUUUUAUCUUGGAGGGUAAAGGUCAACUUUCAAUGAUAAAAAUAUUCUAAAAUUCAGCACAAUUGGUGCUAUUUGAAAAAUUUUAAUUUUAAUAUUUUCUUCUAAAGAAGCUUUUGAAAAUUAAAAUCUGACUAAACUCUGACUGAAAUGCCAUGCGGUAUUGUUGUCUUAUGAGGACAUGUUUUAAGUAUUGUUUGAAUCAUAUUUAUUCAUUUCACACACACACAAAAAUCAAGAGAGAAAACUCACCAUCUAAAUAAAUAACUUAAAAUACUGAAUGUGCAGAUUUAGCAAAAUUAUUAAAAGGGUAAAAUUUCUACCUCACAUUAGACAUACAACAAAAUGUAAAAGUUUUUUCAGAAAUGUGAUGUUUCCUUUUUUAAAUAAAGAGUGGCCAUGGUACAUACAUAUUUUUUUACUUCAAAUCCAUACUAUAUCCUUGAGUUUGUAUUUUUAUUUCUCAUAUUUAAUUUUGAAAUUAACAUAUAUUUAAAUAAAAUGUAAUAGUCCUCACCAAGAAAAAAAGUUUUAAAAAAAUUGUUUUUUAUUUCCUGGGAGCAAUAAUAACAACCAAUGUUUUGAAACAGACCCCAAGUUUUUAAAUAAUAUAUACAUAGGCAUCCACCAAACAGUUGAGACGCUCACAAUAUAGCAUUAAUUAUACUAAUAAUAUGAAUAGAUUCUUGGGAAUUUUUUAGUAUAAGGGCCAGAAAAGUGCGUGGCCUAGCACCAGAACAUUUUUAGUGUCCAUCUACUAUUUGUAAAACAGAAUAAAAAUCUGAAUUACAAACCAUGUACUGUUACAAUGCUAGUAACAUGUUUACCAACAUAUGUCAAUUUAUUACCAUGGAAUUCGUAGUAAUACUGGCAUUCUUUCUACAUAUUUAUUCUAGAUAUUUACCAUAUUUACAGUACUUUGAAAACAUCUCAGAAAAUGGUGAAAAAUCUUACUGGUAAAUAUUUUCAUAAAACAUAUUAUGAAAUAACGUUUGUUUUUAGACAAUAAAAACUCAUUCUCACUCACUCAAUGAUUUCUGCAUAUAAAUAAUAGAAUAACAUUAAAUGCAUGAUAUUAACAACAACUAAUUACCAAAAAAAAUUUUUUACUUGUAGCAGAUUGUUAAUUUGAAAUACAUUAGCUUAGCUUCACUUGCUUUACCAUAAAAUAACAAAAUACCUGUUUGAAAGACUUUUAUUGUUGUACAAAAUUAAUCAGUUCUGUUCAGUAAUACCUCUGAAACUACAAUUUGUCAAAAAAAUUAAUAUUAAUAUGGAAAAUUCCACCAAACAUAGUAUUCAUGUCUGGACUAACCAUUUUGGUAACCAACUUUCUGUAAGGAGGCAAACUGAAAAUGCAUAUUAUAUGUAUGUAUAUGUAUUUCUUAACUAAUGCUCCAAACCUAGUAUUGCGCACCUGUAUUAUAUCCACAACUUACAUUAUUCUCGAAUAGACUCUUUUCUGGAUUUUCCCUCUUCACAGGUCACUCACACACACACACACACACACACACACACACACACACACACACACACACACACACACACACACACACACACACACACACACACGCCUUGCCUUCACACUGUACAUUAUUUGGGGAAAUUGAAACUAUCUACAAUCUGCUCCCUCAUUGGACAGCUGACACAGAGACCAAACUAACUUCAACCUCAUUUCCUAACCAUAUAGGAAUCCACAGAUAGACCGUCAGGAGCCCAGAUACGGAUCUAAAAAGCAUCGGUCCAGCCUGUCGUCAUGACUUCUGUUUCCAUUUGGAAGACAUGGCGGUAUAGCCCAGGGGAAAUGGUGUCAGUGGCCGGGGAGGUACAUUAAGACAGAUGGACGAGCUCCUAUUUGUUGAGCAGCCAUGUUGUUUUGGUAGCGGCCGGGUCAGUGAUUGGCUGUGCCGCUGUUUUGGAGCCUGGGAUUGAAAAUAAAAUGAGAAAAAUAGACUCGCUGACUGAUGACACUGAGGGAGUGUCAGUGGGCUUGGUGUUUUUAUACUCAUGAGGUCCAGAUGUCUUCACAAGCUUCUUCAUGGCCACAUAAUUAACCAAUAGAAAAUAUACUGAAAAGAUUUUGUUGAAUCAGGAUCGUGAUUACAGGAUUGUAAUCUUGUUUACUUAGGAAACUGUUAGCAAGUAAAGAAAAUCAUAAGAGAAAUCCUCCAAUAUUUUGCUGGUCUAUACCGAGUACUUAGUUAUAACGUCACAAGGACGAUCGGCUGACCAAAAACCAUUUAACAAUGAUAAUACUUACCAGUAGGACAGGGGACUCAUUACAUUCUGUGUUGACACACAUCCUCAAUGUUGACACUAAGCUGCAGAAGGGAACAUAACUCUCAAUUAUAGCAAUUAUAGCUCUGCCCCAAAAAAUUAUGCAAGCAAGACCUAUGGCUUUUUUGUGCUUGUUUUUAAAAUGAUCAAUAAAACAAUUAUUUUAAAUGUGGGUAUUAACCUUAUAAGAUGGGUGCACACCUGCAGCUGUAAACAUUAUCUAUCUAGUACACAAAAAAGUAUUAAAAUAUGUUGUCAAGAUCAUGACCAGAACAGAUGCGUUUUAUUUGUUUCAAAGUAUCAUAAAUGCUGAUUAACAGCUGAAAAGGCAAACUUUAGGCUGCACUGGUCAAUAUUUUUAGACUAACAAUGGAUCACAUGACUAUGCUAAAUGUGAAACAUGUUGCUUGUAGCUAACACCGGGAUUCCCCUCAGGUCAGCUUUUUAGCGUCCAUUAGCUCAUUGCUUUGCUUCACUCUUGCCGCUCUCAUCACCGUCUGCUGAUUUAAGCAAGAAAAUAUCUAUUAAGCCUACUGUAUGCUCCCUGUGCUGAACCAAACAACAGGCAGACAAAGUUAGCCACUAGCUGGUGAACAUAGUGGAGCAUUUAGCAGCUUAAGAGCCUGAUAUUGUUUCUCAGGAGUCGGUGGAGACCAAAAACAGAGCUAAAAAGAAAGUGAAAAUUGGACUCAACACGUGUCAGCUGGCCAGAAACACUACUCCAAAAUGAAUGAUAGCAUUGCUCCAUAACUGCUGGAUUUGCAAAUAAAAAUAUUUCUA